GAAGUUGCAGCUUGCAGAUCAGAGGAAUUGUUAAAAAUGAACGUACACUACAUAGAAGAUGGAGAAUCGAUGCUGGUAGUUGGAAUUCCACCUUCCUUUCGACCCCAUAUUAAGCGAUUGCCCACGCUCGAACGAGCGUAACGCUACAAUGUAACCUCAAGCAAUACUAAACCCAGGAUGGAUGUCCGAUGGAGCUUUUUAUACAAUUUUGUUCUGUUCAUCAUUUGCCUCUUUCACGACACCGCAACAUUCAAACAAGAAGGAGUUUGCUUUUUCCCCGAGCGAUGGGAAGGAACGUGGUUUCAAUCGGGGGUUCGACAGCCAAUAAUAAUUGAAGGACCAAGGCUUAGCAGUAAGGGAAGAUGCAUCGCGUCGGAGGGAGAUAAAUUUCUAGUAGUCGACGAAAAAAGUUGUUAUCGCUGCGUUGUGAUUCACGAAAAACACGAAAAUGUGCUACAAUACAAAGAAACUUACUGCUACGGAAAGGAAUCGCUUCUAACACUUUGUAGUUCGAUCACGGGCGAUGCUCUAUUAUAUUCAAUGUUUCGUGAAAAUGCAGCUCCCAUUUCCUGCCCUUUUCGUGGACCGUUUACAUUUACAUACAACAGAGGAGAUGGAGAAUGCAGAUCGCCCGUUUCCAGUAUUGACACUUGUACGGAAGACAGUCGACUGCUACUAAGCUAUCAAGCAUGUCCCGAUAUUCACUCAUCGGAAAGCACCGUGGAGGAGCUCCAAUGUUUGGCGGUAUGGAAAGAAGGUAGUUCGCGAUAUUUGGUCGGAAAGGUUCACCAUAGCCAUGCGACGUCGAAUGAGGACCGAUUCAGAUGCUUUGUGUAUGAAAAAGCAUCUGUGGCGUCGGAAGCAUUAGAUGGUAUUGAAUUCAGAGUCGCACAAAGCGGGGACGCAACGUGUAAUGGACUCUUCAGCGCCACAGAGGGUAGCAGAACGAUGACUCUCAAAAGAGCGUCAUCGUUGAGUAAGUGUCGUUUUCCUUUAUGGUUGGCAAAUUACAACCAUUGGCACACGCUCGACUACUCCGUUACGUACAGUUUCCACCACAGAAAUUCCACAUUGAGGAUAACAAAUUCGUCGGGAUUGGAGAUGAAGGUGGUUUGCGCCCAAACCAGACACUCAACUCGAGACGAGACGUCCGUGAUGCUUCUGACACAUUAUACGAUGGGGUGUCAAAGCGGAUUUACGUGCAUGGUGUUUUAUCGGAGGGACACCAACGUGAUGGAGGUACAGGCAGGUGCGCAAACUAAAAGGAUGGAGGAUGCGUGCACUACUCCCUACUUUAAUAGAGCAACGAUUCCAUACAUCACUUUAGUCACAGCAACGCCAGAAUCGAGGGAGUGUCCGUACGUUGGAAAAUUCGCCGUACGUAGUUUAAUCAAAGGUGGACGGCGAACAAGAUCGUCGACCCACAAUCGUCAAGUCGAAAUGUAUCAUUUCCGACAAAACUACCACGUUGACAGGCAUUCCAAGACCUUUUAUGGAGAAGUUGACCAUAUAAUAAGAACGAAAAGAGUUGAUCGAUUUUCAGACUGUGAUAACGAAGGCUUUUCUAAUCUUAUUGUCGGUUGUAGCUCCGCCGAUAUUAUGGAAUUUCGUUCGGAAUGUCCUACUUCAGAUUUUAUUACUUUACUUCAAUAUUAG